UACCAAGUCAGGGAAGAGUAACUGAAGCACAGGGAUUGCUACUUGGUGUAGCACUACCUCUGUUGCUUGCAACUUUAACUGUAGAAAAAGAGGAUAUUUAAAGCAUAUCAUAAAUGUUGGACCUACACAGCAAUGAAGUGAAAACUAGAACCAAGCAAAACAAACAAACUCCAACUAUUAAAGCUUUUCAAACUGUAAAAACUCAAAGUUGAUUUUGAUUGAUUUUUCAGGAGAUGCUUUGGAGACUACCCAAGACAGAAAUUAAAGGUGGCUGUAGAAGUAACAAAGAUCUUGGGCCUCAUGAGGCCAAUCAUGGACUACACAAACAGAAUGGAUUGUAGCUUGUAUCAUACCACAUCACAGAAAAGAGGAUAGACCUUCAUUCUGUCAAAUGUGAACCCUGUUGAUCCUGACCUGCAGUGUGACUUCCAAGCUGCACCCACCUAAUCACUGUGGACAAGAUCAUUCAUCACUAGACUGUGUCUGAUCCUCAUUACCUUCACGAGACCUGAUCCUUACCCUGGCCUGACUACCUGGCUUGACCUCAGACCCGCCUCAUCAUCACGAGACCUGGCCACCAUCCCUGGGCUGGUCUUGCUUGCCUCAUUUGUGGGUGGUGGGAUGGGCCCUGGCUAGCAAGGCCCCUUGCCUUCAGGCUGGAGUAUUUCCCUCAGCUCCCCAUCCCCUGGGGACAGCUGGCUCCCACCAUGCCCUGACACUUACACAGAGGCUGAGAUUUUGCUCUCUCUCAAUUUUCCACUUACAGGGUAACAGAAACCAUGUACUCUGGCUUGUAUUUUUCUUGGCAAAUACAUAUUGGUUUCAGAAAUCUUUAUCCUGUAAGGUCGUGGUACAGUGGACCAAAAACAUCCUGAGAGGCUACUGUCAACCACUGCCAGCUGAGGGGUGCUCCUGUUAGGAUUACAACACAAUUGCUCUCGUCUGCCUUUCCACCCAAACAAAUAUGUGAGAGUCAGUUACGUCUUUUGGUCCUGUAGCAUAAUCUCUACACCGCAAUUCAACAUAAUGAUCUCACUAAUUUCUGCAGAAAUAUUAGUAAAAAUAAGUGAAAGCAUUCAUUUUUCUUAACCAACAACUCCAUUUAUUAUAACACAAGUGAAGGAAAAUGGAAACUUACAAAGCUUAUUCUGAUUCCCACCUGUCAUGAAACUGCCACUUAAGAAACUUCUAGAAAAAACUUAGCUGAGCAGCUAUGCUGCACUGGAGGAGCACUUGUGAUACAAAGUACACCCUCCAACUACAUCAUUCAUCUUCCUAUGACAACAGAUGAAGCUUCUAUGUUACAUAGAAAGGCGUGGCAGCACCCCGCACCCACAGCUCUGCCUGGCCCUGGGCCUGCUCCAGGUGCCGAGCGGCGGGAAGGGCUCAGCCAGGGAUGCUGCCGAGGAGGAGGAGGAAGGGAAGGCCACCAGCUCCCUCUUCUUCAUCUGGCCCUGCGGCUCCUGCGUUGUCACCUUCUGCUCCCGGGCAGUGAAGGAGCUGUGGGUCAGCGCCCUCCUUGGACCACCUGAAGGAGUGCAGGGAGCCCGGGUGACCCAGCUGCCCUCCAUCAGGCUCGUGCUGAAGGAGCUGAGUGGCUGCCACGCUGAGUGUCCCUCCUGCCUCUGCUCUGCCCCCAGGGGCUGCCCCAGCCCAGCAUCAGCUGCAUCACUGCUCACCUUCUGGUCUUCUCCCCUUGCCCAGGCGAUGACACUGGAUGCCAGCAGCCUGGAGAAGCUGCUCCAGCGCCUGGCUCAGGUCAGGGUCACCAGAGGUGCAAUCUCACCCAUCCCCACCUCUCAUCUCACACACGACCAGGGGCUGAUGCAGCUCACCAGGGGCCCGUUCUGCUGCGGGGCUGCUUGGCGGACACACGUGCUGCGAUGGGGCUGCUGCUGCCCUUGCCGCAGGGCACGCCCAUCCCCAUCGCUCUGCGACAGGAGAGAGCUGAGCCCUGGGGCCCCUCGUUCCCAAACGCCGCCAUCUCUCCUGUGCCCUGGGCAGCGGGGCGACAGCACUGAGGGAGCCUGGGAGUGCUCUCCCGGUACUUCUCCUCCACGGCUCUUUUCUAUGUUUCCCUUGGCAGCAGGCGGCACCCGCAGGAGCAGGAGGAGGCUGCCCUGGCCAUUUGCGCGGCCAAGGACCUCGGCUGCAUCAGAGGCGCCGGGACCGCCGGGCCCUGCCAGCGGGGGGACUCUCUUCGGCCGGCCCCUGGCAGCUCUCUGCAGCCAGGACGGCACGCUGCCCCAGCCCAUCCAGGACCUGCUGGCUCUGCUGAAGGAGCACGGGCCAUCCAUGGAGCGGAUCUUCCGUCGGGCAGCCAGCGAGCACGCCUCCCGGGAGGUCAGCGAGGCCCUCGACAGAAGAGCGGAGGUCCAGCUCCAAAGCCAGCCUGUGCUGCUGCUGGCUGUCCUCCUCAAGGACCUCCUGCGGAAGAUCCCCUCCAAGCUCCUCGACGACCACCUGUACGAGGAGUGGAUGAGUGCCCUGCAGAAGACCAGCAGGCAGGAAAGGCUGGCAGCACUGAAACAGGUGGCCAGCAAGUUACCUGAGGCCAACCUGCUCCUGCUCCAGCAGUUGCUGUCCCUGCUCAGUAACAUCAGCAGGAAUGUGACCACCAGCAAAAUGACCGCUGGCAACCUGGCCACCUGUUUGGCACCGAACCUCCUCAGCCCACCCCAGGAGCUGCCCCUGAAUGUCCUGGCACAGGAGACAGGGAAGGUGACGCAGCUAGUGGAGUUCCUCGUCGACCACCACCAGGAACUCCUUGGGCAGGAGGUGGCUGGGCUGGCCAGCAAGGGGGUCAAGGAGCCACCAGCUCUGCCAGCAGAGCCAGAACAGCAGAGGUAUGUGAAGUGCACAAACAGCAUGACAACAAAAGCCUCCCUCCUCAGAAGGUGGAGCUGCUGCUGCAGGAACAAGCACGGUCAUCCACCAGCCUGCAGCUCUGCUGAAGUGCAAAGCAAGGCUGAUGCAGGUGCCUCCUGUCGCUCCUGAGAGUGAACACCAAAGGAGCCUUUCUGGGGAGAAAAAGCAAAACUACCUAGCUUUGCUUGGUUCAAGGUAAUCAUGGCUUCACCUGUCUUAACAAUAUUAUUGAAUGGAAAGGUUGCCAGGCUCUGCACAACAGAGCAGAAAGCGACAAGCAACCUGUGAAAAGGGCAGUGAUGGGCCACCCUGCAGGAAGAGGAGCAGGUUGUCAACAGAGCUCUCAGGGAUGGGCAAUUAAGGAAUUCCAAGCACGGGAAGAAGAAGGAGGAGCCUGG